CGCCGCCUCGUCCGUUUUCCGAAUCGGCCGCGCGGGGUACCGCGGCGCCGGGGGCCGCCCGGAGCUCCGUCCGAGUCCGUUGCCGGGAGCCAGCCAGGGCGCAACGCGAGCGCAAUGGCGGAGGUGGGGAGCCGGGUGCGCGGGUUCCUGCGGAACCGGUGGCUGGUGUUCGUGGCGGCGAUGUGGAUGCAGUCGUGCGCCGGGGUCGGCUACCUCUUCGGCAGCCUCUCGCCGGUUAUCAAGGCCUCGCUCGGCUACAACCAGCGCCAGGUCGCCGGGCUCGGCGUCGCCAAGGACCUCGGCGACAGCGUCGGCUUCCUCGCCGGCACGCUCUGCGCCGUGCUCCCGCUCUGGGCCGCGCUCCUCGUCGGCGCCGCGCAGAACCUCGUCGGCUACGGCUGGGUCUGGCUCGCCGUCACGCGCCGCGUCCCCGUGCCCCCGCUCUGGGCGAUGUGCAUUCUAAUCUUCAUUGGUAACAAUGGGGAGACAUACUUCAACACUGCCGCACUUGUCUCGUGUGUUCAAAACUUCCCCAAGAGCCGUGGACCAAUUGUUGGCAUCCUCAAAGGAUUCGCUGGAUUAAGUGGUGCAAUUCUAACGCAGAUUUAUGCAAUUGUACACUCUCCUGAUGAUGCUGCACUGAUUUUCAUGGUUGCAGUUGGCCCAACAAUGGUUGUUAUAGCUUUAAUGUUCAUUGUAAGACCUGUUGGAGGCCACAGACAAGUGCGACCUUCUGAUGGCACAAGUUUCACAUUUGUAUACAGUGUCUGCUUGCUGUUAGCCUCUUAUCUUAUGGGCGUCAUGUUAUUGGAAGACCUUGUUGACUUAAGCCAGUCAGUGACUGUCGUGUUGACCGUGAUUCUAAUCAUGUUUCUAUUAGUUCCAAUAGUCAUUCCAGUUCUACUCAGCUUCUUUUCGGAUGAUGACGAGACUUUGUAUGCACUAUUGUUGCCAUCACCUCGGAAAGAAGAAGCAAGUGCAUCAACAUCUUCUGAGGAGCAACAUGAGGUUAUACUCAGCGAGGUGGAGGAUGAAAAGCCAAAGGAUGUUGAUUUACUUCCAGCCUCAGAGAGGCAAAGAAGGAUAGCAGAAUUGCAGACAAGGUUAUUUCAGGCAGCUGCUGUUGGUGCUGUCAGGGUUAAGAGGAGGAAAGGUCCACGGAGAGGAGAGGAUUUCACACUGAUGCAAGCGCUCAUCAAGGCUGAUUUCUGGCUUCUAUUUUUCUCCCUUCUGCUGGGCUCUGGAUCUGGUCUCACUGUGAUUGAUAAUCUUGGGCAAAUGAGCCAGUCAUUGGGUUACGAGGAAACCCACAUAUUUGUGUCAAUGAUUAGCAUCUGGAACUUUCUUGGACGUAUUGGUGGAGGGUAUUUCUCAGAGAUUAUUGUCAAAGAUUACGCAUAUCCAAGGGCGAUCGCAUUAGCGAUAGCUCAAGUCCUGAUGGCGAUCGGGCACUUCAACUUCGCGAUGGCUUGGCCCGGGACAAUGUACAUCGGCACGCUGCUCGUCGGAGUAGGCUACGGCGCGCACUGGGCCAUCGUGCCAGCCGCAGCCUCGGAGCUGUUCGGGGUGAAGAACUUCGGAGCGCUGUACAACUUCCUCACGGUCGCGAACCCAGCAGGCUCCCUGGUCUUCUCGGGGGUCAUCGCGAGUGGCAUCUACGACAGUGAAGCAGCGAAGCAGGCUCAGCAGCGCCACAACUCCACGUCGCUGGCGAUGAGUGGCAGAGUGGCUGGCAUGGUCUCUGGAGCCGCUCCGUCGUUGAAGUGCGAGGGCGCCGUCUGCUUCUUCCUCUCAUCGCUGAUCAUGUCCGGGUUCUGCAUCAUCGCUUUUGGCUUGAGCUUGAUCCUGGUCUACCGCACAAAGAUCGUGUACACAAGUCUAUACGGGAAACCGCGUACUUGAAGGAUCAACCCUAAAGGGACACAGGGUUAUCAAAGCAUACUUCAAUUUUUAAUUUAUUAGUCUGGUACCCCAUGCCUGUACAGGUACAGUGUCGGUCUUCCCGUUGUUGUGCACAGGUUCUCAAGCAGCAUUUCAACUUUUCAAGUAUGUGGCUGCAAAUGGGAGCUUCAGUAUAGCGAAGCAUGUGAGAGUAGAAAGUCCGUCUGUGGCUGGACUGGGACGCUGUCCUUGGCUCAAGUUUUGCUGUAUUUGGUUGUGAAAAAUUUGUGUACACAUGUAAUAAGCUAGAGACGUUUCGACGCAUGUCAGAGUGGAGAACAUAUUCUUUUAUGAUUUGUUGAAACUUGCGUAUUUGUAUCUAUCACAAAGAAAACAGUCCAACUUGUCAACCGGC